UUCUCAUCCUCUCAAUCUUCUUUCUUCCCUUCGAUUUUUUUUCACAAAUACGAUAAAACUUAUAAUAAACAUGCCUGGUUUGUUCAUCUUCAUAGCUUUGCUUCUGAGUUCUUGUACUGUAUUGUCGACAGCAACUGAUCAAACUUGUGGUAACAAAGUGGUAAACACAAUCUUCGUUGACCUAGCCGGUUCAGGAAAACACAGAACCGUUCAAUCUGCCAUUGAUUCUGUUCCUGAACCCAAUUCUCAAUGGAUCAAAAUCAAAAUAAAAGAAGGUGUCUACGUAGAGAAGGUGGAAAUACCGUUGACAAAACCGUGCAUAAUAGUAGAAGGAGAGGGACAAAGAGUCACGACCAUCACGUACAAUGCUCACGCAGCCACUGAUGUCAGCUCCACUUUCACCUCCCACCCAUCCCAUGUUGUCGUCCGAAACUUAACAAUCAUGAAUUCGUAUAAUCGUCUGAGUAUUCGAAGUAGACCGAGUUGGGUUAUAAAGCCAGCGGUAGCGCUUACGGUUUAUGGAGAUAAAUCAGCGUUCUACAACUGCGGUUUCUUGGGGUUACAAGAUACGUUGUGGGAUGUUCAAGGCAGACAUCUCUUCAAAAACUGUUACAUCGAAGGUGCUAUUGAUUUCAUUUUUGGUAGUGGCCAAUCUAUCUACGAGGACUGUCAUAUACAUGCAACGGCUGGCGUAUUGGCACCAAUGAUGAACCAUGGGUUCAUAACGGCUCAAGCAAGAUGGAGUAUAAGGGACCCGAGUGGCUUCGUGUUCCUACGUGGAAGUGUUACAGGGACCAUGAAUGUAUACCUUGGACGAGCCUAUGGUCCAUUCAGCCGAGUCAUUUUCUUCCAAACUGAUCUCGCUUCUGUCGUCGUCCCUCAGGGCUGGUUCUCUUGGAACUACGGUGGCCACGAAUCGAGGUUCACGUAUGCAGAAGUUGAGUGUAAAGGAGCAGGAUCGCAUUUAUCUGGAAGAGUUACUUGGAUUAACAAAGUUGUUUCUUAUACGCUCGCUAAGGACCAAUUUGCUACCUACUCUUUCAUUGACCAAGAUGGAUGGCUCACUAAUAUUCCUCCUUUCUAAUGAAACUCGCUUUUAUUUUGUUGUUGCCAAACUAUUUUCUACUCUUGUUGAAUAGAAUAUUAUUGUGUUUAAUCUUCUUUAUACACUGUUAUU